AUGGAGCGAGGGCAUCGUGUGAGGGCGCUGGGUGUUGUUCGCGGCGAGACGCCAAGGCACGGAGGUCCCGCGGUUUGAGCUGCAGCGUAGCUCAGGUUCGCGGCGGACUUCUUUGUUUCCCCAACGCGGCGGCCUGUCGCGAUCAUUCACGACUCGACCUGCCGCAAUCAAUCACGACUCAACCUGCGCAGGCACCGCACCUUGCUCGCCCCUUUCAGCACCAGCACGUCGCACCCAUCAACCAUCACACGUCACCAGCACGCAUGCGCGCAUCGAGAACGGCCUAGGCGCGACAAUGUCGACAGUCGCUCGCGGCGGCGGCAGCAGAGGAGGGCGCGGCCGCGGAGCCGGCGUCAGCGUCUGGCGCGGCAGCAGCACGCGCGGCGGACUCAAUGGCGCGUCGAGCGACUCCAGCGACAAGCCUGCGCUCGGCGCGAAGAAGCGCGGUGGGGGUGCGCAGACCGGCGGGAGCAAGACACGCAGCCAUGCGCAAGAGCUGGAUGAAGAUGGCAACCCCAAAGCCAGCGCUCCCUUCGUCUCCAUGAACAAAUAUGGCACCGCCGCAAACUCGACCCCGCAUGCGAUCGACGAUUACACCAGCCGCUUCACAUAUUUACAAAAUGCACAGUCGAGCUGGCGCAAGCAGUUGCAGGAGAAAGGCUUCAUGAAUCCUGACGGGCAGAUGAAGCUUAGCGACUCGGUCAAGCUUGUCGGCCGAUGCAACGACAUGUGCCCGGAAUUCGAGAGGGUGCGCAGGAUAGUGCAGAAUGACUUCAAGCGUCCAGAAUGCACGCCCGAAACCGAACACCUCCCAUACAGCGCCCGAGUGCCCGACGAAUCACGCAUGGUGAAAGCCUUCACCCGAUCAUCGGCCGGUGCAGACGUGGAGCUGGUGAUUGACAUACGAAGUCCCGCAGCAUGUUUGAAAACUGUCCACUACCUCUUUAGUCGUCUGGACACAGAGGGCUUCGACCACCUGCACGCUUGGAUCUGGGACCGCACGAGGUCAGUCCGCAAGGACCUCCGAACACAAGUCGUCGAGAAGCCCUCUGACAUCCGGACACUGCUCGUCUGUCUGGAAGCGUCCGCGCGCUUCUACCUCCUGUCGAUGCACCAAAUGGCACAGUCUGAGAAGGAGGACUAUUCACAUCAGCAGGACAUGGAGCAAUUCAACCAGACUCUGACGACUUUGAGGGAGCGAUACGACGAUAACCGACGAGCGAACAUACCCUCUGACAACGAGGCUGAGUUUGUCGCAUAUCGCCUGAUUCUGGCAUCGUUCUACGCGAACAGCCAGCUCGAGAACGAGCUUCACAGCUUGCCGAACGACCUCCGCAAUAACAGACGCGUCUUGACUGCUAUUGAGAUCUUCAAGGCCGCCAAAUCAGCCUUCAAUUUCGGCUCCGAUAAAAGUUGGAUACAGGCGCAUGCUAACUGGAAGAAGUUCUGGGAUUUGGUCAAGUCGCCUAGUGUAUCAUAUCUCAUGGCAUGCGCUGCCGAAGUCACCUUCAACCGCGUCCGGCACGUCAUACUCGACUCGAUCUGGCAUGCGUAUAGGAGGGGAUCUAAAGGAGACGUAAGCGUCGAGGCUUGGACUACCGACAAGCUCAAGGAUGUGCUUGCGAUGGACGACGACAAGGACGCCGUCAAGCUUUGCGAACUUUAUGGAUUCCACUUUGGGCGGAGCAAUCAGGGCCAUACAUUUUUGGACAUUUCGAAACUGGGCAACAGCAACAAGUCGUUGGGUGUUCCUCACACCAUCAAACCGCAAAUGUUUUCCAAAAGAAUGGUGGAAUCUAAGCGACACAACCGAGCAUUCUCAGCAGUCAUCCAAGGCAUGACGGUGCAGCAAGCAAGGAGUAACCGGUUGCUGGUGGACCCGAAGACCAUACAGACGGGCGACGAAGAUUCGUUGUUCGUACCAGAGACUGUACCUGUGGCAAAACCGAACAUUUUCAGCCAGAACUCCAACACAACGAACGGCAUGCCGAACCCAGGCCCCUUUGCUUCACCCUUUCAGCCUCCAUCCCAACCUUCGUCCGGCAUCUCGAAACCGAAUCCGUUCGGCAACCCUUUCGUGAGCGCAUCUUCCAUCAGUCAGCCUACACAAACCGCCACUGCGCCAAUAUUCGGUGCGCCUGGUAUAUCUGAUGCGACUAAGCAUCCGAGCCAAUUUGCACCUAAGCCUGCCCCAAAUACCAACGACAACCCUUUCGCCAAAGCCGCAGCAGCGUUUCCUCCACAGUCUACUACUCCCAGCUCGACACCCCCCGGUUCUUUCAUUGGCGGAGGCCAGGCAUCAACGGAGCCUCAAGGUCAUCUAUCCAGUGGCCAAUCCACGCCAGCCUUCGGACAGACUGCCAAUCCACCUACUUCUGACGCCUCAAAGCCUUUUGUAUUUCCUGGGUUGCCUGAGCUGGACUGGAAAAUACGUAACGGACAGAUUCUGGAUACAUCCUCGACACCAGCAGGAUCGCCACCACCGCCAGACGGAGCAGCACAAGCUGCUGAAAAAGAAAAAGCCGAAGCGGAUGCGCGAGCGGCUGUGCUGAAGCAGAGGCAAGAGAUUGAGGCACGACGUAAACGUGAACAGGAAGAACAGGAACGGAGAGCAAAGGAAGCGCAGCAAGCCAAGGAAGCCGAGCUUCGACAAAUCGAGGAAGAGAAGCAGCGACAGUUGAGGGAAAAACAACAGAGGGAACUCCAGGAAAGGCAGGAGCAAGAGAGACGAAUACGAGAGGAACAGCAGCGACGACAACGUGAAGAGGAUGAGCGGCAGGCACGAAUACGGCGACGAGAAACGGCGUACGGCGCACUGACAUCAAGUAUCAUGUUUAGCGGGGAAGAUGGACUUCUGUAUCAGUUCUUAGAGAACACGGUCAGGAACGUCGCAAGGGAAGGCUACGAAGCGUGGCAGGCCCAGAAACGGCAGGAGAUGGAAGCGGCAGAACGGGAGAAGAAGCGCCAAGCAUUUGCACGUGCCGUGUUCACCCACUGGGUUGCACAGGUGCAGAGGAAGAAGCGCAACGCCAAAGCUAGGGAGAGAAGGAAACGUCUCAAAGCUCAGCGAGAACUGUCAAUCAAUGGUGAAGGUGACGCUGCGAGCGAGAUCGCCAGUGCCGAGUCGGUAGCGAGCACCCUGGUCAACGGCGCGUCAACAACAAAACACGCGCCAGCCAAUCACAGCCGACGCGUCAAGCGAACUGAGCAACGUCGUGCAGGUGCGAUAGCCAACCACGUCACUCAAGCCACCAGCUCCUCGCAGUCGCGAGCGGCCUCGUCACAGCACGCCCAGAAAUCGGACAUGGGAGCAACAAUGACGAAUGGUCACCACGUGCGCAGCUACUCCGAGGCUUAUAAAAAGUCGACGGCGCCUAUCGACCGCACCGAGACCGACUGGUUCAAGCUCCGGGCUAUGGGCAUUGAUCCCAGUAAGCACCGCAAGAGAAGCUUCGACUCAGCCACCGACGAGGAGCAUAAGGGGGAUGCCGAAACCAAGCGCAUACGGAGGUCUGACCCGACUGUAUCUUUGAUCUCACAGCCGCCGCCGGAGCCCGAAGCUUCGAAGCCACUCACUAUUGAGGAGCGUUUGGCUCGCAUUCGUGCCGUCAAGCAGUCUUUUGCGACUUCUGGCUCAGGCUCACCACCGGUCAAUGGCGCUACCCCCAAGCACUCCUCUUUCAACGGGCGCUCCAGCCUGCUCAUGUCGCACGCUCGUGAACUAAUUGCCAAGUCUCCGACUGCACAGCGGUCGCCAGUGGCCGUACAUGACUUUGGCCGCAGCGUUCCCAAUCUUAGUGUCUCGACGUCGUCCUUCCGCCAGUCCUUCCUGGGCAAGAGCGCUGGCUCUGCGCAGAGCAACAAGCCCGCAUACUGGGGCCGUGCCAGUCGCUUCGUUCCCCAGCACCUCUAUGGCAAGGGUGCAGAGGCCAUCCGCGCAUAUCGCGACAAGUACAUCAACUCACCAACCAGCACCCCACAGCCUGCCAUACCCGAGCCGCUCGCCCUCUCGUCGCCAAUCCCUGCACAGUUCUCCUACAUCCCGCAGCCAGGCUACACACAGUACAGCGAGAAUGGGAGCGGGAGCGGCGUUGACUUCGUCGACAUCGAUGCUGAAUCUAAUAUUGCCGGCGACACCGAAGAAGACUCUUUUGACGGCGACGAUGAAGAAGCUGAAGACGACAAUGAAGACUUUGACGAAGAGGAUGACGCUGAUGACGUCGACGUCAACGCCUACCCGGCCGACUAUGACGAGCAAGAAGAAUACACCACCGACGACGCCGAACAAUUCGCGCAGCCCGGCAGCAGCUUGGCUAUCGGCCCUGGUGCUACUCAGGACGACGCCAUCGAGCUGUCUGACUGACCCAACCAUAUAUUUGUAUACCACAUCACCCGGCAUCUGGCAGCAUAGCGUUGGCGUUCUGUUCUGUUCUGGUCUGUUCUGGCCUGGUUUGGUUUGGUUCAAUGCAUUCGACGAGCAAUGUGCAUUUUGUGGGCGGAUCAGGCGCGGUCUGUAAGGCGCGACACGGUAUGCUAUAUGUAGACCAAAGGAGUACUGUGAAGUUGAGACUAGACUGUGAUGGGUAACCAGAACGUCGAUCCCGAUCCCUAUCUCGUCUCUGUGAGAUGUUUGACCCUGACGUGUGUGUGAGUAUGGCGAGAGUGUGAUGUGUGAACACUCGUGCCUGCAGGCGGAUGGACAUGUAGACACGAGUACUGUACCCGGCGCCGCGCUGACUGAUGUCAUUUGUGGUUGGACCCUGCAUGUGCCCAUAGCUCCUCCCGCUCCUCCGAUCCUUCACACCUCA